UGCCUCUUGCUGAGCUUAGAGACCGAAAGAGGGACUCUGAGGCUUUACAGAGAGAGAGAAAUCACCAUUGGAUUGUGUACAGCUUCAGAAGAGACUGGGAGAGAGAAAUCAGACAAGUCUUUUUGAGAAGUUGAAAAUGGGUGAAACUGUGCUGAUCGAUUAAAGGGUCCUACGCAGAGGGAUUUUUGUUCGUUUUGGUGGCAUUUCCUGGGUAAAUGGUUUCGACCUUACCCAUAUGAAUACGCAGUCCAUGCAGAGAGACACCUCAUACCCGCCUACGGACUCCUACCACAGUAGAGUCAUCAAUUUCCUGAAUGACUCGGAAGCAAAUGCCUUCAAGCUGGUGGACCUGGCUCCAUUAACCCCCACAGAGCUGACGAUGCUGAAGCCCCCGCACCCUUUCCCAACAGUGAACGUCCCAGCCCACACUCACUAUACCAUCGGGGCUGUCAUUCUCGCAGUGGGGAUCACAGGAACUCUUGGUAACCUCCUGGUCAUCUUUGCUUUCUGCAGGAGCAGAGGCCUUCGGACUCCCGCCAACAUGUUCAUUAUCAACCUGGCUGUUAGUGAUUUCCUAAUGGCCGUCACCCAGUGUCCAGUUUUCUUCACCAGCAGUCUCAACAAACGAUGGGUAUUUGGUGAAAAGGGUUGCGAGCUGUACGCUUUCUGUGGAGCGCUUUUCGGCAUCGCUUCCAUGAUCACUCUAACAGUGAUAGCCCUGGACAGGUACUUUGUGAUUACGCGACCCUUGGCUUCCAUUGGAGUAAUGUCUAAGAAGAAAGCUUUGCUAAUCCUGUUAGGAGUCUGGCUGUAUUCCUUAGCAUGGAGCCUUCCUCCCUUCUUCGGAUGGAGUGCUUAUGUUCCGGAAGGCCUGCUGACAUCUUGCUCCUGGGAUUAUAUUACCUUCACCCCAUCGGUCCGUGCCUACACAAUGCUCCUCUUUUGCUUUGUGUUCUUCAUUCCCCUAAUUGCCAUCAUAUACAGCUAUUUCUUCAUUUUCAGAGCCAUCCGGAAUACAAACAGGGCUGUUCAAACCAUCAGUUCAGAUGGUACAAAAGAAUCUCAAAGGCUGUCCCAGAGGAUGACGAAUGAAUGGAAAAUGGCCAAAGUAGCCCUGGUUAUCAUCUUGCUUUAUGUCCUCUCCUGGUCUCCAUAUUCGAUGGUGGCUUUGCUGGCUUUUGCAGGGUACUCCCAUGUGCUCACUCCCUUAAUGAACACAAUACCUGCAGUGAUUGCCAAAGCUUCAUCCAUCUACAACCCAAUCGUUUAUGCCAUUGCCCACCCCAAAUACAGAAAGGCGAUUGCAAAAUUUCUUCCCUGCCUUGGAUCUCUGCUGAGGGUUUCUCAUAAGGACUCCAGAUCCAACAGCUUCCCUUCCACCAGACGUUUCACUGUCACCAGCCAGUCCUCUGAUAUGAAUGGGCUGCCAAGAGGAAACAGACGGCUCUCCUCUGUCUCAGACAGCGAAUCUGAAUGGACCGACACAGAGGCGGAUAUCUCUAGUCUGAACUCCAGAGGUGCUAGCGGGCAAGUUUCGUACGAGAUGGGUGAAGACACCACAGCAGAAAUGAACGAUGUCAAAGUCAAAUCUAAACUGAAAAGCCACGAUUCAGGGAUUUUCGAAAAGACUUCAGUGGAUGCAGAUGACAUUUCUAUGGCAGAGGACUUAGCCUUUGGAAACUACAUCUUUGGAGACAGCCUGACAGGUGACGAUCAGUACACUUUUGGCGUGAGGGCAGAAGAUUCUUGCUACCUCUCAUCUACAGCCCAGAUACCCAGCAUUGUGGUAACCUACAGCAACGUCCAGCGAAUGGAGCUGCCUUUUCAAUCCAACUCUGACCCUUCGUGCUCCAGGAACUGUGGCUAUAGCUGGAGAGGAACUCCAGCAGCCGGCUAG